AUGAAGCGCCAUCUGUUACCAAUUACCCCUGAUAUAGGUGAUACGUUCGCCGAACCAUAUGCUUACAAUCGCAAGCCUCCAACAGAAAAAGAAAUAAUCUCUAUUGUCCAUAAGCUUAAGGCCAAUAAGACUCCGAGAGAAGAUGGUCUUCGGGCUGAACUCUUCAAAUGCUGUCCAUCGUCCUUCAUAAAGCACCUUCAACAAAUGUACUCUCUAGUAUGGAAAAAAGAAAUAUUACCAGAUGAUUGA